GUCAGUAUGCUCUCCUCAAUGAUUAAAAAAGCGACAACAUCCUGGGGCAUCGCGCUUUCCAUUACGUUACUCCUCACGGGGCUCGGCUUCAUAGUGACGAUCAUUCUGGAGGAUAGACUAUCGCCAAUGCGUACAUAUCUGCCGCAACUUCAUAAACUGAAGAACAGUAUUGCAGCUCUGACCAAACAAGAACACAGAGAGGAAACAGAAGAGGCCUUGCAAGCCUGCAGCCGGCCACGGCAGAAAUACGUCUUCAUCGCACCGCACAAAGUCGGGGCCUCGACUACCUGCACGAUCUUUCAAAGAUACGCCAUCAGUCGCAAGCUACCGAUGAUGCUUCCGACCGAGGGUCUGGUCCUCUCUUGGGGCGUCUCUCCUACAGAACAAGAAUACAUCCACACCCCUGAUGAACAGUACCAUGCCCUGAUGAACCACUUUACGUACAACAAAACCUGGCUACGGUCCAAGUUCCCAGCCGACACUGCCUACAUAUCUCUCAUACGAGAUCCAAGCAAGCAAUUGAGGUCUGCCAUGAAUUAUUAUUACAUUCCACAACUUCUGAAGAUUAAGUCUAAAAACCCAGUCAAGACGUUCUUGGAGAAUCCUUGGAGGUAUAAGAACCGGUCCGAGGUUACCUUUGCUCACUUUAACGUGACCUGGGACCCCAGUCGGAACUUCAUGGCCUUUGACUUGGGCUACCCUACCGAGGGAGUGGAAGACGAGGAGCGAGCUCGCAGAUACGUCAAUGAACUAGAAGCCGACUUCACCCUCGUCAUGCUGAUGGACUACGUGGACGAGUCUUACGUUCUCCUCAAACGUCUGAUGUGUUGGGAACUGCAAGACGUCCUUUACAUCACGAAGAACAACCGAAGUUACUCGUUCAAGGACUACGUCCCAUCUGAAAAGGAGACUGCGAUGCUUCGACGCUGGAAAGCCGUGGACUAUCUACUGCACGACACGUUCAACAAGUCCUUGUGGAGGAAGAUCGCAGCACAGGGCCCAGACUUCUUUGAGGAAGUGCAACAUUUUAAGGAAGUUAACAGCCGCGUCAACAUGUACUGUGCUAAAUUGAAGAAAGGGGGAUCCAACCUUACCGUGGAAGCGUCCAGGUGGAAUUCACAGUUUGAAGUGGACGCCGAGUUUUGCCGAGUACUAAAAUCUGUAGUGAAAGAACUUUUGACUCCUUUACAAAAAGGACGGAAGGAUGGUCGGUGGAAACUUGUGACCGAAAGAAUAAACAUGAGAGCAAUCGUGGAUGGACAUCCAACUUUCAAAUAUGAGAGCGAGCGGGGAAAAUAUCUAAAAAGGGUCAAAGCCGCCAAAAAGUCUAAACAAGUGAAAAAGAAUAAGAAAAGGAAAAAAGGGAAAAGACACUAACACGCACAACAAAGAAAAGAACGGAUAAGUAUGCGCAAUAAGGGAAAGUCCAAUUUAUCCCCCUUUUUGGCGUAAAAAAUGGGGAAAUGAAGCUUUGCAUUUUCUCACAAUACAGCCUUUCCAACUUAUUAUUUUUAUUGUCAGGAUCUUGAUUUCAAACAAUUACAACUAAGGACAUAC